AUGGACCCAACUGGUAUGUUUUCAUCCCGCUUUUGCUCUAUUUGCCUCGGAGUCCUACUGUGGACUGCCUCUUCCUGGAAGGCAGAGUCGCUGAGCCGUGUCUCCUUUGGUCACCGGGUUCUUCAGAUCAUGGCUAAUCAGAAUCUAGAGCAGGAAGAGAUGCGCCGACAGCAGGAGAUGCACCGACAGGAGGAGACGCGCCGACAGGAGGAGAUGCGCCGACAGGACCAGCAGCGCUUGGCUGGCCCGUCCUAUUUGUCCUCCUUGGAGCAGACCUACCCUCCCAGCUUUCUCAACCGGGCAAGCAACGGUGACAACCACGACAUCAUGCAGUCGACGGCUGAGGUGUCUUCCGGCGCCAUCUCUGCCGGAGUAUCUGCCGAAUACGACCACAACGACGGAGACCAGAGCCGCAUCCCCGAGUUUGUCGCCGACCCUGUCUUCCUUCGCUUGAUGGACGACUUCGAAGCCAACGCCGCUGCUGCGGCUGGAAACACUCCCACCGUUGGCCUUGGCUACUCCCAGGGCCCGACUAUGACCCCUAUCGAGAGCGUCUAUCCCAACUUCAGCCCUUCUCCAACCUUCACUCCUACCAUGGCGUCCGCUCCCGCUCAAGCUUAUCCCCAGGCUUCUACCCAGGCCUCGGCUCAGACUCAUGCUAUUGCUGAGGCUCCCGCCGAGGCUCCCGCUGAGACUCAGGCUCCUGCUCCUGCUCCUUUCCAAGGCGCCUAUCCUCACUUCAACCCCUCUCCCACUGUCGCCCCUACCAUGGCUGCUCCUCGGGCCCAUGCCCCUCCUCAGGUUCCUACUCAGUUUUCUGCUCAGGUUCCUACUCAGGUUCCUGCCCAGAUCCCUGCCCAGAUUCCUGCCCAGGUCCCUCCUCAGGCCGCCAAUCCCUUCGCCAACCAGCCGGCUGCCGUCCCGCAGGCUCCCAUCGGUCCUCCUCCCGGUGUCGUGUACGCUCUUCCCCAGAUCCCCUACGCAGCUCCCGCCAGCACCUACGUCGACGACCGCGACCGCACGCGCUUCCCCUGCAACCGCUGCCCCGCCGAGAGAUCCAGGCGUGACGAGAUCCGUCGCCAUAUCCGGACGCACUACGCCCAGUACUACCCGGGCGUGGUGCUUCCUCUCGACCUCCUCCAGGCCCAGGCUGCCAUCGACUUCCCUACGAGAACCUAG